AAUAUAGUCAGCAGACAAUUAUUACUCAUUGACUAUCUCAACUAUACGAAGAUGCAAUAAACCAAGUGCCAUACACCAAAGACGGAUCCACGAUCAAAUCGACAAACAUAUAUGACUCUAUAUAUAUAUAGAUGCAAACUAUAGACUUUUUCUUCUUCCUUUAAUUUUCUUAAAAUUGGUGGUGAUUGAUCGCAACAUACGUAAGUACAUUUGGAAAAAAAAAGAUAUACAUAAAGAAAAAGCAGAAAUCUUGAAAUGUACAAAAUACCAGAGUUAACUUGAUGGGAGAAGAUUAUCCGUUUCCAUAAAUCUCUUGAAUUGUUUUUGUAAUAUUUUUCCAUAAAAUCACUUUUUAGUUGCUUUAUUCUAUUAGAUAUUUGAGAUAUUUUACCAAAUAAACUUAUCAGUUGUUUUUGGCAAAAACUGUUUAAUAAACCACAAACAUAAAAAAAAACAGAAUUGGUUGAGCUAGAAAAUAAGCUGCAGAAGGAAAAUUGCCCUAAAAAUUCUACUUAAGCUGCAUUAAGCUAGUUAUUAUUUUUAAUUCCUUCAACUUAUGUUAUAUUAUUAUAACUGGAUAAAAUUUCUAUGAAAAGUCAAUAGAUAUUUCAUCAUUUCAUAAGAAUAAAAUAAUUACUGAUUAAUGUUGAAACGUUACACAGUAAGUAAAAAAAAAAUUCCACUAUAUAUGCGCUUGACAUAUGUGACAAAGACCCCCAAGAAAACACCCAAAGCACCAAGCAGAAGAAAUCCCAUCAAAUCUCCGGCGUUACUGAUGGCGGAGGAGAAUCAAGAAGAAACCCUAGUCUUGAAACCAAGAAGUAAACCACCACACUUCGUGUUAAUACACGGCAUAAGCUUAGGAUCAUGGUGCUGGUACAAAAUCAAAUGUCUCAUGGAAGUCUCUGGCUUCACCGUCACUUGCAUCGACCUCAAAUCCUCCGGCAUCGAUCCUUCCUCUGCCGAUUCUCUAACUUCCUUCGACCAAUACAACCAACCACUCACCGACUUCCUUUCCUCCUUGCCCGAACAAGAACAGGUGAUACUUGUGGGUCACAGUGCAGGAGGGCUUAGCGUAACGAGCUCGAUACAUAAAUUCCCUAAGAAAAUCUCUCUAGCUGUUUAUAUUGCAGCUACAAUGCUCAAAUUCGGGUUUCAGACCGAUGAAGAUUUGAAAGAUGGAGUACCUGAACUAUCAGAACAUGGUGAUGUCUAUGAGCUUGGUUUCGGUUUAGGACACGAACAUCCUCCGACCAGCGCCCUUAUCAAACCGGAGUACCGUCGAAAGCUCCUUUACCACAUGAGUCCUCAGCAGGAAUGUGCGUUGGCUGCGUUACUAAUGAGACCAGGUCCGGUUCUGGCGCUAACGACAGCAAAAGUUGAAGAAAAAGGACAAGAAGUGGAGGACUGCGUGCCGCGCGUGUACAUCAAGACGUUGCACGACCGGGUGAUGAAACCGGAGCAGCAGGAGGCGAUGAUGAAAAAGUGGCCACCGAGAGAAGCGUACGACGUGGACAGUGACCAUUCACCUUUCUUCUCUAACCCUUUUGUGCUCUUUGGUUUACUCAUCAAAGCUGCCGUUUCUGUUGGUUCCACUAUCUAAAAAAUAUUUAAGAGCAAAGGAUUGUGUGUUGUUUGUUAACCCGGUUUGAUAAAAUAUUUAAUAAAGGAGAAAAUUGUUUAUUAAAAAUGAUAUAAUUAAAUGUUUAUGUUCAAUUUUA